AUUGAAAAGCAAAGCAACAAAACGUUUAUUUCAAUGAUUCAGUCGAUGAGUGAACGAGUGAUGCCUUCAAUGCCUUCACAUUUGAUUCAACCGUUAAUUCAAUUCAAUUAACGCUUUAUAUAUUAAACACUAAUUGACUGUUGAGUCUAUUGUUUGGUUUCAUUCAAUCCAUUGAGCGUUUGUUUUGACCAUUCAUUUGACACACAAUUGGAUGACAUUGUUGUAGAUCUGGUGACAAAUCUCUUCACGUUGGAUCAGUUGUUAUAAGAUGUCAGCGAGUGGUGCGCCGAGUGGUGGGUCGGGCAAUACGGGUGCCCAUCGGUAUCGCUAUAAGAACACAGGUCUGGACGCACAGGAACUCCGCCGAAGACGCGAAGAGGAAGGCGUUCAGCUCAGGAAACAGAAGAGGGAGACAGAGCUCUGCAAACGCAGGAAUUUGGCACAAAGUGGCGACGAGUGGUCGCCGGGAGGGCCCGCCGACGAGAGCGGCGCCGGAGCCACGCAAGUGAUCACCCAAGAGAUGGUGGCCGCGCUCUACACCGAUGAUGUCGAGCAACAGCUCAUCGCUACUCAAAAAUUUAGGAAACUAUUGUCUAAAGAACCGAAUCCACCGAUCGAUGAAGUAAUACAGACGGGAAUUGUUCCCCGAUUUGUGGAGUUUCUUCAUAGAGACGACAACUCAGUGCUGCAGUUCGAGGCCUCGUGGGCGCUGACGAACGUGGCCUCCGGCACAUCACUACAGACCCGAAUGGUGAUAGAGGCGGGCGCUGUCCCCGUCUUCAUACACCUGUUGGAGUCGCCUCAUGAGGACGUUCAGGAACAGGCCGUCUGGGCGUUGGGCAACAUUGCCGGCGAUUCACCCGAAUGUAGAGACUAUGUGUUGAGUAACAGCGCGUUAAUGCCUUUACUUCAAUUGUUGAGUAAGUCGGCGCGCAUAUCGAUGACGCGCAACGCUGUGUGGGCGCUGUCCAACUUGUGUCGGGGUAAGAAUCCGCCCGCAAAGUUCGAGACCGUGAGCCCCUGUCUGCCAGUGUUGGCGCGACUGCUCUUUCACAGUGAUAGUGAUGUGUUGGGCGACGCGUGUUGGGCCCUCUCCUACCUCAGCGACGGCCCGAACGACAAAAUCCAAGCCGUGAUCGAUGCGGGCGUUUGCCGUCGUUUAGUAGAACUGUUGAUGCAUUCGAACCAAAGCGUAGUGUCGGCCGCACUCCGAGCCGUCGGCAAUAUUGUGACCGGAGAUGAUAUGCAGACCCAAGUAAUCCUUAACUGCAACGCAUUGCCGUGUCUUUUGCACCUCUUGUCCAACAGUAAAGAGUCCAUUAGGAAGGAGUCCUGUUGGACGAUAUCCAACAUCACUGCCGGCAAUAAGCAACAGAUUCAGGCCGUCAUUAACGCCAAUAUAUUCCCAAUUCUGAUAGAAAUUCUUUCAAGAGCUGAGUUCAAGACCCGGAAGGAGGCGGCCUGGGCUGUGACCAACGCCACCAGCGGUGGGUCUCCCGAACAAAUCAAGUUUCUCGUAGACCAGGGAUGUAUACCUCCUCUCUGUGAGCUGUUGACAGUAAUGGAUCCAAAGAUCAUUCAAGUGGCCCUCAAUGGCAUCGAAAACAUCCUCCGUUUAGGCGACGUCUUAUCUAAAGGACCAAACAGUGUUGGAGUCAAUGAGUUCGCCGUUAGGAUUGAAGAGUGUUAUGGACUCGACAAAAUAGAGUUUUUGCAAUCGCACGAAAACGUAGAGAUCUAUCAAAAAGCAUUUGAGAUAAUCGAGCGAUACUUCGGUACGGAAGACGAGGAGUCAACGAUCGCCCCCUCAGUCGAUGAGAACAAUGAGUUUGCGUUCGGUUCGACCGCCGACUCGACAACAAAUCCUGAGUUUCAGUUUUAAAUGAGUUAUUGUUUGUUAGCAAAGAUUUGUCAAAACCGAUAGUCAGUCAAAAACACGUGGAAUUCCAUCGAAGCUUUACUUCAGUUUUAUUUCAUUCAAUUAUAACUUAGUUUUUAUAGUUUUAAGCGAAAGAUAUACUAACUAUUAAAUGACCCGAAAAAUGAGUCCUAAUAUUUGGGUUUCAAUUCUAAUUAAAUCUUGUUAUUGAAGACAUCUUUUGCUCUCUCUAUUGAUAUAAUUAUGCGACAAAAGACAACAACAGAAUAAUACAUACAUUUAAUGAACGCCAACAACAUAUUAAUAUAAUAAUAAUAAACAAUUUAACCCAAAAUGUGUAAUAAAUUACUCAAUAAUCGCUAAUAUUGUAAACA